AUGACUGUAGAACUUAGGAAUUGGAAGAAUGAAUAUGAAGACCAUUAUUCGAAGUAUUUGGACCCUUCCCUUGUGUUAGCAAUCGUAAAUGACACUGAUGACAGGAAUCUUGCGAAGGAGACCUUGGAUGUAUUAAAAAAUGAGUCUCACUAUGACACAAAGUUACAUGAAAAUGCACUCAGGUUGGAGACGUUGUUUCUAGAUGAAAUCGACGAGUACGAACGAGAAUUUCAAAAUAUAGAAUUGUCUUCGGAUACUCCGAGUUCUCAACUUACGGAAGAACGAGAACUGGAGGAAAGGUACCUUGCUGAACUGUCUAGCGAACAAAAUGGACCCGAUGUCGAGAUUGAUGGCCAGGCAUAUGUUUUUGUUCGUUCCAUGUUUCCCCAAAUUGAUCCAAUUCAUGUGAAGUUCAUACUGAGGAAAACAAAAAACGACACCGAAGCUUGCUGUGAGGAACUGCUCAGCUUUGAUUUGCUAAAAAACUCAGAUAUUGCGAAUGCUACAGACGCAAUAUUUGUUAGUACUGUCCCCCGGAAUACACGUUCCGGAAAACGAAAGAACAAACGGUCAGAGACAAGGAAACGCGAAAAAAAGCAGCUCCUAGAGCUUCUCGAGUCCGAAGUCCAGGAUGGAGCGACAGCGACAACAUCAGCUACGUCGCCUACUGCAAAUAGUUCCUCUGAAUCUCAUUGGGAUAAAAGCAAUGCUACAGCUCACCUUGUUUCCAAAACUUUGAACGUGCCAACUUCGCGAGUAUUGAGUACGUUUCAUGCAAACAGUUCCUCUUUUCCGCGGGCUAUUAUGACUCUUCUUGAAACACACCCUCUCAGCAAAUCAAACGUUGGAACAGCGAGUUCCGAUGAAGCUAUUGCUCUUUCUCAAAAAACAAAACUCCCAGUGGAUCUCUGCAGCAGACUUCUUCAGUGCAGUACUUCUCCAUUUGGUGCCCAACUUCUCGCGGGCAUGCUAGCAGAGUAUCGGUCUAUACAAGUGCGCCAACAAUUUGCUAAUGAGGCCAAUCAAAAAGCAGCCGUUGCCAAAGACAGUACAAACUACAAGGCCUCUGCUGGAGCAUCUGAGACGGAGACGUCUUUACAGGCUAGGCUUUCACCGGAAGAAUGUCUGCAAAUGGCCGAUGAGUACCGAGCUCGACGAAAUGAGGCCUACCGCAAUGCAUCUCGUGCAUACCGUGAAGGAAAGAGCCAGCAUCUAUUUGGUGGAGCCGCUACUUAUUACUCAGAACAAGGUCGUGAGUAUAAUGAGAAGGCUGAAAAGUGGCAUUCAUAUGCUUUAAAGAAAAUAUCGGAUUGUGCAGAGCCUUAUUUCCUUGACCUUCACGGUGUUACUGUCCCAGAUGCCAAGGUAAUUGUCCGGGAGGCACUCGCCGGCUGGUGGGCAAGAGAAGCUGGUCAUUCGUUUGAUACUAUUCGUCCAUACACUAUUGUUACCGGUAUAGGUAAACACAGUGGAGACUAUGGUGCUCGUUUAUUGCCUUCCGUGGUCCGUUUGCUCAAAAAUGACAAGUGGAAGUUUGAAGUUCGGCAUGGUGAAAUCACUGUCUAUUAUGUUAACAAGCAUGCUUGAUAAGAGGUUUCAAAAGUUGUUUUGACUCGUCGCUUCGUGCACAUAUUUGUUGAACGUAUGUUUCACUCCGUUUCUUUGCGUUUGGUCGUUCUCCUCGUUUUCGUUUUCUCUUUUUUUUUUGGUGUGUGUUUUUCUAAUCUCAUUAUGUCUUGUUUUUGUCGGCUUUCUCUUUCCAUUUUUGGAGUGUCUGUAUGCAUGAACAUGCAGAAGAUUUGUUUGCAGUAACCUUUGUUUUAAUAAUAGUUAACGUUUUAAGCUUACAAUCGUACGACCUGUAGUCUUUUCAGUGGUAACGAAUGAAUGUCGUGG